AAUCGUGCCGGGUUAUUUGGUUUUUGUAAACAAAUAGAUAUUAGCUAUAUAAAGAAUUUUAAUUUUAAAUCGAAACCAUGCCCAAGGAGCAGUUUCGCGCCUCUGCGCUGAACAAGAAGAUCUCACAUGUGCAAUUUGGGAUCAGCGGCGCUGAUGAAAUCCAGCAGGAGGCUCUGGUGCGGAUUAUCUCGAAGAACCUCUACCAGGCGCAGCGGCAGCCGGUGCCCUAUGGCGUCCUCGAUCGCCGGAUGGGGAUCAGCACCAAGGAUGCCGUGUGCGAGACCUGCGGCCAGGGACUGAACGAGUGCAUCGGUCACUUUGGUUAUCUGGAUCUCGCCCUGCCCGUUUUCCACAUCGGCCACUUUCGUUCGACCAUCAACAUCCUGCAGAUGAUCUGCAAGGCCUGCGCCCAUGUGAUGCUUAAGCCCGAGGAUCGCCAGCUGUACGAGAAGAAGCUGCACAAUCCGAACUUCUCGUAUCUGGGCAAGAAGGCCCUGCAUGUCCAGAUGCUGGCCAAGGCCAAGAAGGUGACCAAAUGCCCGCACUGCGGCUCCCCCAAUGGCGGCGUAAAGAAGGGUCCCGGCCUGCUGAAGAUCCUCCAUGAUCCCUACAAGGGACGCAAGGUGGAUUCGCUCUUCACCAGCAACAUGAACGAAAUGCUGCGCUCUACGGAGGCCAAUCGGGAUCUCAACACGGCGCUGGGCAGCAACUACAGCUCCGCCGAGGAGCUCACACCGCUCAUGGUGCUGGAUCUGUUCGAACAAAUCCCCCAGGGCGACGUGGCGCUGCUGGGAAUGUGCUCGCAUGACGCCCAUCCCAAGCAUUUGAUUGUGACGCGCGUCUUUGUGCCGCCCGCCUGCAUUCGACCCUCUGUUCUAUCGGAGGUGAAGGCGGGGACCACGGAGGACGACCUGACCAUGAAGCAGAGCGAAAUACUGCUGAUCAACGAUGUGAUCCAACGGCACAUGGCCACCGGCGGCAAGAUCGAGCUGAUCCACGAGGACUGGGACUUUCUGCAGCUGCAUGUGGCCCUCUACUUUCACAGCGAAAUCAGCGGGAUUCCCAUCAAUAUGGCCCCCAAGAAGACGACGCGUGGAAUUGUGCAGCGGCUGAAGGGAAAGCAGGGACGCUUUCGCUGCAAUCUCUCCGGCAAAAGAGUGGAUUUUAGCGGGCGCACUGUUAUUUCACCGGAUCCCAAUCUGAUGAUCAACCAGGUGGGCGUCCCGGUGCGCGUGGCCAAGAUUCUAACCUAUCCGGAGCGCGUGAAUCCCGCGAAUAUGCGACACAUGAGGGAGCUGGUGCGGAAUGGACCGAGUUUGCAUCCGGGAGCGAACUAUGUACAGCAGCGAGGAUCGAGCUUUAAGAAGUAUUUGGCCUACGGCAACCGGGAGAAGGUCGCCCAGGAGCUCAAGUGCGGCGAUAUUGUGGAAAGGCAUUUGCGGGAUGAGGAUAUUGUGCUUUUUAAUCGCCAGCCAUCGCUGCACAAGAUGUCCAUUAUGUGCCACCGGGCGAAGGUGCAGCCGCAGCGAACCUUUCGCUUUAAUGAGUGCGCCUGUACGCCCUACAAUGCAGAUUUCGAUGGUGACGAGAUGAAUCUGCAUUUGCCGCAAACGGAGGAGGCAAGGGCAGAGGCGUUGAUCCUCAUGGGCAACCAAUCGAAUUUGGUAACGCCGAAGAACGGCGAGAUUCUGAUUGCCGCCACCCAGGACUUCAUCACCGGCGGCUAUUUGCUUACCCAAAAGGAGGUUUUCCUGACCAAAGAGGAGGCCAUGCAGUUGGCAGCCUGCUUUCUGGCCAACGAGGACUCUACGAUGCACAUUAAGCUACCGCCGCCGGCGCUUCUCAAGCCGCGUCGCCUGUGGACGGGCAAGCAGAUGUUCAGCCUGCUCAUGCGACCCAAUGACGAGUCGCAGGUGCGCCUGAAUAUGGUCAACAAGGGUCGCAACUACACAAGGAACAUGGAUCUGUGCAGCAACGACUCGUGGAUCCACAUACGCAACUCCGAACUGAUGUGCGGCGUCAUGGACAAGGCGACGAUGGGCUCGGGCACCAAACAGUGCAUAUUCUACCUGCUGCUCCGCGACUUUGGCGAGCUGCACGCCACCAAGGCCAUGUGGCGAUUAGCCAGGAUUGCCUCGUACUUUCUGCAGAACCGCGGCUUCUCCUUCGGCAUCAGCGACGUCACGCCGAGCAAAAAGCUCCUGCAGCACAAGGAACAGCUGCUGGCCAAUGGCUACUCAAAGUGCAACGAGUAUAUCGAGAUGCUCAAGGCGGGCACCCUGCAGUGCCAACCUGGUUGCACGCCGGAGGAGACGCUGGAGUCCGUGAUGCUGCGCGAGCUGUCGGCCAUCCGAGAGCAGGCGGCCAAGACAUGCUUCGCGGAGCUGCAUCCAACCAACAGCGCCCUGAUAAUGGCGCUCAGUGGGUCGAAGGGAUCGAAUAUUAACAUUUCCCAGAUGAUUGCCUGCGUGGGACAGCAGGCCAUCAGCGGAAAACGAGUGCCGAACGGCUUCGAGAAUCGGGCACUGCCUCAUUUCGAACGGCAUUCUGCCAUUCCCGCUGCCAGAGGCUUCGUGCAGAACAGCUUCUACUCCGGCCUCACGCCCACCGAGUUCUUCUUUCACACAAUGGCCGGUCGCGAGGGUCUCGUGGAUACGGCUGUGAAAACAGCAGAGACUGGCUAUCUGCAGCGUCGGCUGGUGAAGUGCCUCGAGGAUCUGGUCGUCCACUACGAUGGCACCGUGCGCAAUGCCGUCAACGAAAUGGUGGACACCAUUUACGGCGGCGAUGGCCUCGAUCCCGUCGCCAUGGAGACGCGCAACAAGCCAGUCGAUCUGGUCCAUCAGUACGACAAUCUGCGUGCCCAACAUCCGCGCGGCGAUGAUCGUCCCUUUCUGGGAGCCGAAAUUCCCGAGGCCCUCGAGGAGGUCUUCAAAACGCCGGAAUUUAUCGAAUCCCGUGAGGAUUUCAAAGUAGAUGUUAGAAACCACAUUGGCAUUGUGUCCAAGCGGAUUGAGCAGCUGCAGAAGCGGUAUGAUAAAUGUAUGAACCUGUGCCACCAGAUUGAAUGCCUAACCGAGGGGCAAUUGCUGCAGUUUGUGCGCCGGAUCAACGAUCGAUACAAUCGAGCGGUGACCGAACCUGGAACAGCAGUGGGAGCUAUUGCCGCACAAAGUAUUGGCGAACCUGGCACCCAGAUGACACUGAAAACCUUCCAUUUCGCUGGCGUUGCCUCGAUGAACAUCACGCAGGGUGUGCCGCGCAUUGUGGAGAUUAUCAAUGCCACGAAAACCAUUUCGACACCGAUCAUUACGGCCGAGCUGGAGAAUAGCCACAGCAUGGAGUUUGCGCGCCAGGUGAAGGCGCGCAUCGAGAAGACCACGCUGGCCGAGCUCUCCUCGUAUGUGGAGGUUGUUUGCGGACCCUACAGUUGCUACCUGGCCAUAGGCAUCGAUAUGGCGAGGAUUAAGCUACUGGGUCUGCACAUAAACCUGGACACCAUUGUGUUUAGCAUACUGAAGUCGCGCAUGCGCGUGAAGCCCUCGCAGGUGGAGGCUGUGGCGAAGCUGUCGAGGAUUGUGGUUCGUGUGGAGGCCACGCGAACGGCGACCAUAAAUGCGGAGCUGGCGCGACUGGCGCUCAGCCUGCAGAAUGUCGUCGUCGCUGGGCUGCCGAAUAUAAAUCGAGCGGUUAUCGCCGUGGACGAUGCAAGGCAGCCGCCCACCUACAAGCUGUGCAUCGAGGGCUACGGACUGCGCGAUGUGAUCGCCACCUACGGCGUGGUGGGCAAGCGGACGCGCAGCAAUAAUAUCUGUGAAAUCUACCAGACGCUGGGCAUCGAGGCGGCGCGCACGAUUAUAAUGAGCGAGAUCACGGAGGUGAUGGAGGGGCACGGCAUGAGCGUCGACUGGCGGCACAUCAUGCUCCUGGCCAGCCAGAUGACGGCGCGUGGCGAGGUGCUGGGCAUCACGCGGCAUGGGUUGGCCAAAAUGCGCGAGAGCGUCUUCAAUUUGGCAUCGUUUGAGAAGACGGCAGAUCACUUGUUCGAUGCCGCCUAUUAUGGGCAAACAGACGCCAUCAAUGGCGUUUCGGAGCGCAUUAUCCUGGGAAUGCCGGCGGGCAUUGGUACGGGCAUCUUUAAGCUGCUGCAACAUCACGAGGACAAGCAGGUGCCGCCGAUCGAACAGACUAUAUCCGGUUCCCUGAAUCUGGUGCCAACGCCCGCGUAGAUUGUUUGAUAACUGAAGUUGAUGAAUUGGGAUAUUAUCUAGUUUAUUAAAUUUAUUUUGUAAUAAAAUAUUAAUUGUAAAUUGUGUGUUGUGUGAUUUUAAGAGGAAGUUGAGAGAGCUUAUUCUGAAAUAAAUAUUAUAAUGGAAUUAUAUUGAUUUGUAAA